AUGAAUUAUAUUUUUUAAUAAAAUAAAAUUAACACCUAUUUUAAUUUUAAUAGAAAUAGGUUUAAUUUAGAAGAAAGUAUUAAUUAAAUUUGUUAUUAGAGAAGAACUGCAAAAUGUAAAAUAAUUGGAACUUUGGUAAAAUUAUGAUUGAGGGUGUGACUUAUUAAAGAUUAGGAAGACUUGGUGAAGGGACAGAAGGUACAGUUUAUAAAGGAGAAAAUAUUUAAACCAAGGAGAUUGUGGCUAUUAAAGAAUAUAAAACAAUCAAUAGUCAUGAAUUAGAAGCAAUUAAAAAAAUUCGAUAAAGUAAUUUUAGCCAUAUUGUUGGAAUUAAAGGGUUUUAAAAUUAUUAAAAUAAAUGUCCAAUAAUUGUAAUGGAAUUUGCAGAUGGUGAAUUCUACAAAUAUAUGUAAACAAAUGAUUACUCUAAAUUGGAUUAUUAAUAAAAAAUUAAAUAUUUUCUUUAAGUAAUUAUAUAGAUAUGAUUUUAUAAGAUGGUGUAAGGAGUUAGCUAACUUCAUUAAUUGGAAUUAUUUCACAGAGAUUUAAAACCUGAAAACUUUGUAUAUAUUAAUUUACCUAAUAAAUAAAAAAUCAUUAAAUUAAUUGACUUUGGUUUAGUCAAAGAAAAUGCAAAUAAGUUAGCAAAAACUUGUUGUGUUGGAACACCUUAUUAUAUUGCUCCAGAAGUGUUAUAAACUAAUUUUAAUUAACGUGCAUUUUAUGAUAAAUCAGUAGAUAUAUGGUCUUUGGGAAUCAUUUGGUAUGAAAUGUUAGUAGGAAAGACAUUCUUUAAUGGUAAUUUACAAUUUAUAAUAUAGGUACAUAAACAUCAGAAAUUUUACAUUAAAUCUAAAAUAAGUCACAAUUAGAAAUUGAUAAAUAAAUUCAAUUAAACCCAAUCAUAUAACAAAAAGAAAAAGAUUUAAUAAAGGAGAUGCUGAAAAAAAAUUCAAUAUAAAGAUCGAAAUUAGAUAAAAUUAUAUAAUCUUAUAAUCAAUAGUAAAAUUAAGAUGAAUAAAAAAUUAACAAUUUAAAAGUACAAGCUUAAUUCAAUAAUCCUACUUAAUAACAUGUUUUAAAUGAUAGAGAGUUACUUAAUCAACAGAUAAAAUUAGACUCUGAAGAAAAUGAGAGAUUAACAAAAGAGAAGGAAGAAUUGAAUAAAAAACUUUAAAGGAUUUAAGAAGAAACUAAAAGGACAAUGAUGGAGGAGUAUGAACAAAAAUUAUGUGAUUUUGAAUUGAAGAAGGAAGAAGAAAUGUAAUUUAUAAAAAAAUAAAUUGAAAAACAAAAAGAUCAAGAACUCUCUGAAAAAUUAGAAUAGGUAAAAAUUAUACAGAAAAAUUAAUUUGAAAUUUAAAUUAAAGAAAAGGAAGAACAACUAAAAAAUUAACAAGAAAAUGCUUUAAAAUAAUAAUAAGAUAAAGAGUUAUUAGCUUAAAUGAAAUUGUAAUAAGAAAUAGAAUUUCAAAAUGAAAUGGAUUAAUUUAAAAAAAGUAAAGAAGAAGAGUAAAAAUAUUAACUACAACAGUAUAUAGACGAAGCAAAUUAAAAAAAAGAACAAGAAAUUAUAUAAAUAUUAUAAGAAUAGGAAAAACAAAUUAAAUAAUAGAUUGAGUUAGAUGUUGAGACAAAAUAUAUGCUUGAAUAUUCAAAAAUAAUAACUGAAUUAGAAAAUAAAUAGAAUUAAGAAAAUUAAUAAUAAUUAUAAGAUAAAAAAUAAUUAUUAUCAAUUCUAUUAUAAUCUCAUCAAAAUACAAUUAAAAUGUUUAUCUAUAACCUAGAAUAACAACUAUAAACCAUCAAAAAUAUUGAUUUAUCAGCUGAUAAAAAAGAUAAGUUGAUACAAAAUAUAAACAGUUAAUUGUAAAGCAAUAUGAUAAAAUUAUAAAAAAAUGAACAGAAAUAGUUAUGUAUAUAAUAAGUUUCUAAAUAAGAGUAACUUAGAGGUUUAGAUAAUCAACUAACUUUGGAACUUCAAUAAGAUCUAUAAGAUUAAAAUAAUAUAAAUCAAAUUGUAUUUGAAUAAUAGAUGAUUCUCUAAAAGCAAGUAGGUGAUAAAUAAAAGUUAGAUUAAUAAAAAAAAGAAGAAUAGAAACUAUAAGUACAAGAGCAAUAAUUAAAUAUUGAAAAAAAAAAUUUUUUUAAUAACUUUUAAAAAUUAAAAUAGUAAUCUGAUUCAUAUUCUGGUAAUAUUAAAAAAAUUUAGGAAAGAAUGAAUUUUUAUGAAAGAAUUUCAUAUUCAAUUAAAGAUCAAGAAAAAUUUCAAUAAGUUGUCGGGCACUAUUCGAAAUUGAUUCAAGAAUUAUUAGUUUUGGAAUAAUAGGAGAAAACUUUAAAUUUUAUUGAAAAAUCACAAAAGCUCAUUAACUAUUAAUCUGUUAAAAUCAAGCUUGAAGAACUUUUAUUAUCUUAAAAUAGAAUCAAAAUUUUUAUUGAUGAAACAAAUCAAUAUCUUGAAAAAAUUGACAGCAAAUUUUUAGAAGAAAAACAAAGAUAAAUUGAUGAUUUAGCCUAAUAUUUAUUAGAUUAAUAGGAUAAAUUUAUAUAUCUAUCCUAAAAUAAAAAAUAUCAUGAAAAAAUAAACUUAAUAAAUAAUCAAAUAAGAAAUUACUUUGAAUAAUUAAAAGGUUUAAGUUCAUUAUUAAAUUAAGAACUAUUUGAUAAUUAUUAGAAUUUCAAAAAUACUACUGAAUAUCUUAGUUAAUAAUUAUAAGUACUAUAAAGAUAGCAUAAUUUAAUUCUUGAAUAAGUACAUAAUGAUUAAUAAAUUGAAUAAAGAAAUGCUGAAAGAAUAAAAAAAAUAAAAGCUAUUGAAGGCUAAUUAAAUGAAUUUAUAGAUAAAAUGAAUCAUCUUAAAGUUUAAGUUUGUGAAUUCAGUAAGAAUUAAUUUUGUAAUAAUGAAACAAGAACUUUAAUAAUGGAUAAGUAACUUAAAAUAGAUUAAAAUGCCUAUUUAAUUUAACAAUAAUAUUAGGAUUUCUAAAGAUUUAAUGAAUUAACUUCCUGUGAAGCUAUAAAUGUUCAAAUAAUAUAUUUAGAAUAAUUUUAAGAAAAAUUAAAAUAAUAAUUAUUAAAUGAAUAAGAGAAAGUAAAUUAAUUGCAUUUAGUAAUUUAAAAAAUUAGUAAUGAAAACAAAAGCGACUAAGAAAAAGAAUAUUUUUAAUUAAAAAACUAAUUAUAAUAAAUAUAUCUUUAAUUUUCAAAAGCAUUUUUGUCAGUCAAAAUUGAUUAAGAUAAAAUAGCUUAUUUAGAAUAAAUAAAUGAGAAAAGAGAAUUUAUAAAAAAAUAACUAGAAUUAGAAAUAUAGGCAAUUGAUAAUUACUAAGAAAUUUAUAAAGAUAAUCAAAAGCUAAAUGAAGAACUAAUUACAAUUAUGAAAGGGAAGUAAUAGGAAUUUUUCAAUAAUAUUCCAGUAUAACUCUAUAAAUUAUAAGAUCUUAAUUAAAAAAAAAAUUAAAAAUUAAUUGAAGUACAAUAAAUCGUGCAUAAUAAAUUACAUGAAUUAAAAUUUAUGCCUUUAGACAAUUCUCUUUUUACUACUUAUAAGUACUUAUAUUAAUAAGACUAACUCAUUUAAUAAAAAAUAACUGAAAUAUGUCAAAUGGAAUAAAAUUAACAAUAAAAUCCACAACCUUUUAGUGAAUUAAAAUAGGUAAUACAAACUGUAACUUAUCAAUUAAAUGAAUUAAUAUAGAAAAUACCUUAAAUUGAUAAAGUUUAAUAGUUCAAUAAUAUCUAUAAAAAUAGCUUAGAAUCUUGUGAAAAAUUAUACACUUAAAUUAAUUAUAUAAAAAUGUAUCAUUUAACAAGAUAUUAUGAACGAAUUAAUGAAAAUGCAAAUAAAUAAAAGAAUAAUUUAAAGGAAAAUAGUUAAAAUUUAGCCUUUUAAUAAAAAUUAAAUGAAGAAAUUGAAGAAAAUACUUAAAAGGAGAUAGAAGCAUAAAAUUUAUUCAAGAUAUACGAAAAUAUUAUACUACAUUAGUUCGAUAAAAAAAUGAUUGAAGAAUUGCAAAAAGAUUAUGAGUAGAUUUCAAAGUAAAAUAAAGAAUUAGAAGCUUUAAUUUAAUCAAAAAAUUUAGUAAAACUGAGGAGUUCAAUUAAAAGCUAGAAUAAUAUAAAUGACAUAAAAUAAUAUUAUAAAAUAGCUGAAUUAGCAUAAAUAUUAGAACUGAAUAUAAUAAGGAAAAUAAAUUGA